AUGACGAAUCCGGAUUCUGUCAAUGCUAUUACCUUGCAGCAACACAAAGGGACGGACCAGGCGUGGGCCAAGAGAGCCUUACGUGCCUUGCCCAAUGCCGACUCGUUUCGGGCCGUCAAAGGCCCAUGGGAGCGCGAGACCCCUCGUAUCUGUGACGAUGAGUUGACCCCUGCUUCUGAAAUUCAGUCUGGCGCCUCCUCGGUGAGCUCUUCGUCCGACACCUCCAUUGUUGUUUCGGGUGGUAGCUCUGAAUCCCGACGCCGAAAGCAACGCAGGCAUGGCAGCUUAAGUCGCAUCACGCCCCCAUCGACUUCAUCAUCUGUGACUUCGUCCUUUGUUCCGUCGACUUCUAGAUCUGCCGCUUCACCAUCUGCCCCCGACCUCACAUGGGGAUGA